AUGGGUUGCACCAACUCGACCCCUGGCGGCGGCCCUGGAGCCCGGCCGGUCCAGAACCCUGCUCAUGAGCAAACACAGCAGAUCGAGCUUCCAGAUGUUCAAUGGGAGAUCAACAAAGAGUGGUCGGAAAUCAUGGAGGCCGAAUGGAAGAACGCUUUCGAAAGCGGGAAUGCCAAAAAGUUUCGUGCCUCGUUUCAGCCUUUUCUCGACUUCACUGUGCGCAAGUGGCUUAACAACGCGGAGCCCGCCUGCGCAAAGGCCGGCACAAUUGAGGACAUGGGGGAAACAACGCUUUGUGUAGGUGGUCGAAAAAGCAAGUAUCCUGCCAAAACUGUCCUCACACUGGAUGACGACUUUACGGGUGUGAUAUAUUCAGCAACUAUGAUCAUUGCCCCGCCGCUGAAAGGCAAGGGGGCGGACGAACCCUGGAUGAAGGCGGGCGCAGCACUGCAGACCGAAGAGUUGAGGGAGGCCAAAAGACACAUGCUGACGUUGUUUACUCUGAUGCUUGAGGAAAACGCCAAUAUCAAGCAUGCCCUGAUCCAUGUGUUCAUGGGCGCGGAUUUGGUCAGCUGCAAAUUCAACACCACAGCCAAUGAGCCUACGAUAACCAUGCUCGAGCAUCAGGACAAGCCCAACGAACAGUUCGUGGCUGGGAACGAAGACCUGCGACAGGCCGCUAUUUCUGAUCCAGAAAAUAUGCCCGUGCAGCUUCCAUCAUUGAUGUUCACUGCGGCAUAUCAACGAGCCGAGCGCGAAUAUCCGGGUUGCACCACCUGGGACGAAGGGGAAUUCCCAUUCACUGUUGAUGGCAUGCCUUACCCGUAUCCAACACGGCUAUUGGUGGCGAGGGACUUCAACAAAAUGUCCGAGAGAGUUGACUCAAGCUUCUUCAAAGUCGUGACUUCCAAGGACUCAAAUGACAGCUCCGAAGCUUUCCUCGUCAGGAAUUUGGACCCAGAUAAAGACCCAGGAGGCAUAGUCUGUAUGACCCUGAUUCUAGGGAUCGAUCCCAAGGUGAUCUGGCCGAAGUGUGGAGAUUACACUGACAGCCCAGCUAUCGCCGCAGCUGAGAAAGAGUUGCAUGAGCACGUCAAGACACUCCACAAGAAUGGCAAAGUUCGAGCUUGCGCGAUGAGAGUCUGCAUCGGAACUGAGAGGAAGAACUCCAAAUUUGUCGGUGAUGUGGGCAUUAUUGCACCGGAGGCUACGGGCCCAGAAUUCCAAACUGUUCCCGAAUCACACAGGCGACAAUACACUGAUCUCAGCGGAUUCCUGCUCAGUUUAAACGAGCAGCCAAAGCAUGAGCUCUUUGAGUCAGAGAGCCAUUUUCAGGCCAUCAAGGAGCACAUGCACACUCGUGCACAGGAGGAUCCCAAGUUCUUCAACGCUAUAGUGCCGCAGGUAGCGGUCAUGUCGGCAAAACAUUUUCUCUCUACAAAUUUCCCAGGGUGUGAGGUGGUGGAUGAAGGAGAGUUUCCUGGGACUCUCCCCGAUGGAACAGAAAUGAAGAUCGCAGACACGAGAUUAAUGCUGGCCAAAGAUCCCAAGCAGGAGCCUAAGAGCAUUGUUGCUGCAUUGCACAUAGUUCCUAACCCUACUGGUGGUGAAGAUACGUUUAUGGUCAAGGGCAAGAAAAACUGGCUUGAGUCCAAGGAAAUGAAGGGGGCAGAGUACGCCUUGCUAGAGUUGCUGAAGAAACUUCAUGGGGAGGGCAAGGUCUCUGAGGUGGACUGCAUGGCUCAGGUCAUGAUGGAAACGGAUGCUACUAUCUAUCAGUUUGUGGAAGGGGGUAAGUUUAUUGAUUAUAGCGAUGAGCGCAUGGCCCAAUUCAAGUGGUAUUAG